AGUUGAGGACCGCGCGCGCCGGCCUGCCUCGCGCCGCAUGGCGGGCCGCCAUCUAAUGAUGGUGGACGCGAUGUCUGCGAUGAAGAGCCAGCUGAACGACCUCAGCGAGGCGGACGACCAUACUCACUUCCGACCACGUCGCGGCGUGAGACCGCUUCGCAGCGCUGCGAGGCGGCCUGCAGCGCAGCCAGGAGACGCCAGGCACCCCGAUGCAGCGGCAUCAUCUGCCUCAUGGCCACAGGACCCCACGAGAGGAGCACCGACCUCGCCCACUACAGCUCCUACGACCACCAGGACUUCAACGACCAGGCCGCGCUGAAGACCGAGAAGGCUGCCAAUCCCGUGUUCGACGCCCUUCCCCACGCCCACGUCGGCACCAGCCAACGGGUAUCCCCACCCCGACGCCUACCCGCACGCCCGACCCCAGGGCCAGCCAUACCCCCCAGCCCUACUGUCAGGCUGACAAGCCCCCGUCCGACACGAGGAAGGAGGCGGCCAUCUCCGUCCCAGCUGUGCCGCCCGGCUGCUGGGC